AUGCCAUGUCAAAAUGAAGGAGAGGAGAAACUAAUUGACGCAAGAGUGGAAACAGCACUAACUGCUCAAUCAAUAACAACAGUUGUACCAAAAACAACUGCAGAACUACCAGCAGCUGCACCAAUAACAAGAGAAGAAUCUUCAGUAGCUGCACUAACAACAACAGCAGAAUCAUCAGCAGCACCAUCACCAACAGUUGAAUCAACAAAAGGAGCAAUAGUGGAAACAGCACUAACUGCUCAAUCAAUAACAACAGCAGUACCAAAAACAACUGCAGAACCACCAGCAGCUGCACCAAUAACAAGAGAAGAAUCUUCAGUAGCUGCACUAACAACAAAAGCAGAAUCAUCAGCAGCAUCAUCACCAACAGAUGAAUCAACAAAAGAAGCAGAAGUAGCAGCAGUAGAACCAGCAUCAGGGACAAAACUAACAGCAACAGCAACCAGUCAUCAGGCAGAUCCUUCAUCACCUCUAGUACUGACAGAAGUGGAAUCCUUGAUACUACAAGCAAUGCCACCACCACCACCCCCCUCAACUAAAACAGCAGCAACUGUGGACUCGACAACACCAGCUGGCAAGAAAGUGUCAUCUGCAACACGAGCCUGGAUAUUAGGUCGCAGAGUCAAUGCUGCAGCCUUCACUGAUGAUGUCCUGCUGUUCACAUCAACAAAGAGAGGACUGCAGUCUCUCAUCAACGGACCCAUGGCAGCCCUCGCCAAGCUGUAG